CCGAUCUUAAUUUAUGAACAAGCAUGGCGGUAAAUGACAGAUUGAGUAGAAAAGAGUCGUUAAUAUUAGAACUUUAUAAGGUAGAAGCUGUUAAGUUUGGAAAUUUUAAACUGAAGAGUGGGAUAGACUCGCCAGUUUACUUUGACUUGCGUGUCAUUGUGUCAUAUCCGGCUCUUCUGAAUGAGGUUGCAGAGUUGACCUGGGAGACUGCAAGAGGAGCUGGCUGUCAGUUUGACUCUGUGUGUGGAGUCCCAUACACAGCAUUACCUAUAGCAACAUGUUUCUCUGUUCACCAUAAUGUGCCAAUGUUAAUUCGAAGAAAAGAAGCAAAGGAUUAUGGGACAAAGAAGAUGGUGGAAGGUCAUUACAAAGAAGGAGAAAACUGUCUGGUUGUUGAGGAUGUUGUCACCAGUGGGGGGUCUGUGAUGGAGACGGUACAAAUGCUUGAUCCUCUCUAUGAAGCGAACGAUGAAUUGAAUAGGCAGAUCAACAUUGAGGAAAUUAAAAAAGUAGUUCAAAAAGCGAAAAACGGCAAAUCUCCUGGAGUUGAUGAUUUACCAUACGAGGUUCUUAAAUCUGAGAACGUUAUCAAAACGCUGCAGUCUAUAUUGGUAACAGUAUCUGAUGCUGUUGUUUUGCUGGAUAGAGAACAAGGUGGAAAAUCUGCUCUUCUUAAAAAAGGAAUAAAACUUCACAGUGUUUGCACUUUGACAACAGUACUGGAAGUUUUGGAAUCAAAUGGAAAGCUUGAUAGAAACAUUGUAGAGAGGACGAGAAAAUUUAUUCAAGAAAAUAGAUUUGAUGUGGAUGCUUCUGAAAAUGGUGCAGAGAAAAUUGUGGGAAAUCCAAUUAAGAAAUUUACAGUCUUCAGUCAUGCAGACAAAAUGACAAUGUGCAAAAAUGUCAAACUUCACUCAUUGUAUGAAAUUAUGGACAAAAAGAAAACCAACCUAGCCGUGUCUGUCGAUCUCACAACCUCUGAUGAUGUGCUAAAGCUUUUGGAUGCUGUGGGUCCAUAUAUAUGCAUAGCAAAGACACAUGUUGACAUCAUAGCAGACUUCUCGCAGACCUUCACCAGCUCCCUGACAGACCUGGCCAGGAAACACAACUUCCUUCUGUUUGAAGACAGGAAAUUCGCAGAUAUUGGUAACACUGUAAAGCACCAGUAUGAGGGCGGGCUGUACCAGAUCAGCUCCUGGGCAGACAUUAUAAACUGUCACCCUGUCCCCGGGGAAGGGGUCAUUCAGGGUCUGAAAGAGAUUGGCCUUCCGUUAAACAGAGCUUGUUUGUUGGUUGCUGAGAUGAGUUCUAAGGGUAGCCUCGCUAAAGAUGAAUACACAAAAGCUACAGUUACAAUGGCAGAGAGGCACAAAGAUUUUGUAAUAGGAUUCAUCUGUCAAUCAAAACUGACGUCGGACCCAGAUCUCAUUCAUAUGAUGCCUGGUGUUCAACUCCAUGCAGGAGGAGAUAAUUUAGGACAGCAGUAUACCUCACCAGAGGUCGCUGUUCAGUCACAUGGUGCUGAUGUCAUCAUUGUUGGGCGUGGCAUCACUAAGUCAUCAGAUCCCGCUGCUAUGGCUAAGAAUUAUCAAACAGCAGGAUACAACGCCUAUCUAGAACUGUUACAGCAAUAAAGUGAAAUGUUUACAGACACUAAACAUCUGCCAAUACAAAACAAAUCAAGUGAAAUGUAAACAGAAAUGUUUGUCAAAUGCAGUGAUUGACUGGCGCUUAAAUUCCCCCAAAAAUAUGUGUCAGCGUUUUGAUAAGUACAAAAUACAUUUAUAAUCAGAAAAAUUUUGCAAUAUACUACACAUGCCUUUAUAUAGGUGUGUUAGGUUAUUGUGUAAAUUUGGUUCUUUCUAUGAACCUGACUUCCAGCUGCCGCAUUGAUGUUAUACAGUGUAUGUCUAUAGUUUAUACAUGUACAGUGCCAUUUUAUUGUGUUCAUUAAAAGAUCUGAAUGUUGUUAAGUCACGGGUAAUGAUAAACUGUAUCAUAAAAUAUAUUCUAGAAAUUAAAA